AUGUUUAGAAACAAUUACGACGGGGAUACGGUUACUUUUUCACCAACAGGUAGGUUAUUCCAAGUGGAAUACGCCUUGGAAGCUAUCAAACAGGGUUCUGCCACGGUAGGGUUAAGAUCAACGAAGUACGCUGUAGUAGUGGCAUUGAAGCGUAACGCUGAUGAACUUUCAUCAUACCAGAAGAAAAUUAUCAAAUGUGACGAUCAUUUGGGUGUAUCGCUUGCUGGGUUAGCACCAGAUGCAAGAGUGUUGUCGAAUUAUUUGAGACAACAGUGCAAUUACUCUUCUUUGGUAUAUAACAGGAAAUUGGCACUAGAAAGAGCCGGUUACUUGCUGAGUGAUAAGGCACAGAAGAACACACAGUCGUAUGGUGGUAGACCGUACGGUGUGGGUCUUUUGUUGAUUGGAUACGACAACACUGGGGCACAUCUAUUAGAAUUCCAACCAUCUGGGAACACGCUCGAAUUGUACGGGACAGCUAUCGGUGCUAGGUCCCAAGGUGCUAAGACAUAUCUGGAACGUGUGCUCGAUGAUUUCCGCGAGAUUGAAGAUGCAGAUGAGUUGAUCAAGCACGGAGUAGAGGCUCUAAGACACUCUUUGAAAGACGAAACUUUGAGUACCAAGAACUUAUCCAUUGCCAUUGUAGGACACGAUAAACCGUUCACAAUCUAUGAUGGAGAAGACGUGCAGCCAUACCUAUGA